CAGACAAUUGACUCACACAAGGUGGGAUUUGUCACAAAGCGGGUGGGAAAUGCAGAGAAACCAAAAUGGCUGCUAGUAAUUAUUAUCGAUAUGCACAUGGACCCGGUGCACCGCAGUGCAGCAACCAGCCACUACUGGCUUACUCUCUCCAAACCCCUGGCAGUUACAGUGUUCAGCCAUCAGCACAUGGAGUAACUCACACAGCCUCGUUCUCUCCAGCCACAGCACACAAUCUCCAGCCAGUGGUGUCUCAAACCUACCAACCGUACCAGACUCCUGCGGCUCCAAAUUUCAGCACUGAAACGGCACCUCAACCAAGCAGCGACUCUCAGACCUAUCAGAUCUACGGGGAAGGGGGGAAUUGCAGCUACGGACGGCCAGCGUUAGUCAGCAGCUAUGAGAACAAACAAUACUAUCAGACGAGUGGCACAACUGCUCAGUGCUGUCCAUUGGAGGCCUACUUUCAGACAGGUGGGAAAAGUGAUUUCAGGCCUGUAAGUUCAGUGUACACCCAGUCUCCGCCUGAAAGCCAAGCCACAGCACUCAAUCCCCUGCCUCCUAAUAGCUCUGUGUCCACCAGCUAUAGUGUUUACCCUGCAUCCACCAUUGUACAGCAACCGCCCAGUUCUAUCCCCUCCUUUACCCCCUGUUCCUCCUAUAAUUCAACAGCUACCACUUCAUACAGCAGUCAUGACUACUCCACUUAUGAGCCUUGCACCUAUAUCUCCACUCCUUCAUAUUAUCAGGCUAACCAACAUCUUGCAUCUCAGUGCCAAAGUCAGCCCCAGGUUCCAUCCCAGUAUCCACAAUGUCCUUCCCAUCAGCCACAGGGUUCUUCUUAUCAAUUCCUGCGUUCUCCCGAUCAGACUCAGCACCUCCAGCAGCAAGCCCAGGCACCUGCAAAGCAGCUCAACAGUUUGUCCUGUAGUAGCUCAAGGCACAGUUCAAGGGUCAUCGGUUCUACUGUUGGUUCGUACAGAACACCCAAAGUUCAUCAGAAUAAAUUCCAGAAGCUCAAAAGCCCCUCUAAACAGCCUCAGCUUCACUACUGCGAUAUCUGCAGGAUAAGCUGUGCUGGUCCACAGACCUACCGUGAGCACCUGGAGGGUCAGAAGCACAAAAAGAAGGAGGCACUGCUGAAAGGUAGCAGUCAGACCACUAACGGGCCACACAACCUUCAGAUGCAACUACGCUGUGAGCUCUGUGAUGUUUCCUGCACUGGUGCAGACGCCUACAAAGCACACAUCCGCGGAGCCAAGCAUCUAAAGGUGGUGAAGCUGCACACAAAACUUGGCAAGCCUAUACCAUCCACUGAGCCUGUUUUUGUGAGCUCUGCCCCUGUUCUCAAGACAACGUCUCGGAAAACGGCCAUUUCAGUGUCUUCAGCGUCUGCUUGCUCUGCAGUACCACAGAAACCCCUCGUCUUAAAGUCUCUUAAAACCGAGACGCUGAAGACGCAUCCUCCUCCCAAAACCAUAGCUGUUGCUUCUUCUCCAGACCCUGUGAGAGUCGAUGAGAUGAAACAGGCGGUGAUGAAAUCUGACUUUAAGAUUAACGACGAAGGAAAUGUCCGACCUGUUGGCCAUGAUUAUGUAGAGGAGAUACGCAACGAUGACGGCAAGCUGUUAAGCUUCCACUGUAAGCUGUGUGAGUGCAGCUUCAAUGAUCCGAAUGCCAAGGACAUGCACUUAAAGGGCAGGAGACACCGGCUUCAGUAUAAGAAAAAGGUGAAUCCAGAAAUAUUAGUGGAGAUCAAACCAAGUGCCCGAUUGAGGAAGCUACUGGAUGACAAACUGAGGAAGCAGAAUCAGAAAGCCGUGCUUAAGGAUAAGCAUCGCUGGCACAUGGAAAUAAGGAGAUAUGAGGAGGAUAUGUACUUGAGGAAAGUCGAAGAGGAGCACCUGUAUUGGGAGGAACAGCAGCGAAGUCUGCCUUUCCCACUGUUCACAAACCAUCCUGUGAUGCCCAUACCUCCUCUACUGCCUGUUCGUAGGCCAGAUUCCCCAGAUGACCACCACAUCAUGGCAAAACACGCCAGCAUCUACCCGGCAGAUCAGGAGCUGGAAGCUGUGCAGCGUAUCGUGUCGCAUUCUGAGCAAGCUCUCAAACUGGUGUCUGAUUUGCUGGAGGAACCAAGUGGCAGAGAAUCUGGGGAUAGAAAGUUGCAUCCUCAGGGCCGAGUGCUGAAGGGGGUAAUGCGGGCAGGAAUCCUAGCCAAAGGCCUUCUGUUGCAUGGGGACAGAAACAUUCAGCUCAUCCUUCUAUCUGCCAAGAAACCCACCAUGUCCUUGUUAAACAGCAUCACUCAACUGCUUCCCAAACAACUGAGGAACUUUUCUGAAGACCAGUAUGUGGUGCAGGCUCAGCCUGAGGAAGCAAGCAUCAUCAUUAUUUCCAGCAAGGAACCAAAAAUGCAGGUGACCGUCUGUCUUACUUCACCAGUGAUGCGUGAGGAGCCUGAGCCAGCACCUGAAAAGGCAGGUGACAAUCUGCCUGAGAAAGUACCUGAAGAUCAUGCGGAUGUUCUAAACAGGACAAAGUGCCUUGAGUACUUGACUGCUCUUCGCCAUACUAAAUGGUUUCAGGCUCGGGCAAAUGGUCUCCAGUCCUGUGUGAUCAUCAUCCGUGUACUCAGAGACCUCUGUCGGCGCAUGCCAACCUGGGGCAAGAUGCCCGACUGGGCCAUGGAGUUGCUGAUUGAGAAAGCCAUCAGCAGUGCAUUGACUCCUCUAAGUCCAGGAAAAGCCUUGCGCAGAGUUCUGGAGUGUGUUGCUAGUGGAAUCCUGCUGCAAGAUGGUCCAGGCUUGAUUGACCCAUGUGAAAAAGUACAAACAGAUGCACUCAAGACCAUGACCAAGCAAGCCAGAGAGGAUGUAACAGCAAGUGCUCAGCACGCCCUGCGACUGCUGGCUUUUCGUCACAUCCACAAGCUCUUAGGGAUGGACUCACUCCCGGUGUGCAAGACAAGCAUAUGCAACCGCAAGAGGCAGGGUGACAAAGCAGAUGUGGGGGAAGGGGAGGGCAAGAAGGACAAAAAAGAUUACCCGGAUGCCUAAGAAGUUCCACAAAAAUCAUGCGUAAUUUAUAGUAUAUUCUGUUUUCAUGGUGGGGACGUCUUUCUUUAAAAUCGAAGGCAAAAACAGAGAAGUGAUGCUUCCUCUUUUCUUGUUUUAUUAUGGCUGUACUGAAAUUAGUAUGUCAUAGCAAGUCACUGUAUGUCAUUUAAAGAACAGCAGAGACGUUAUUAGCAAUUUAAAGUCUGAAAACAUAAAUAGACUUGAAUUUUUCCAAUAAAAGCAUUAAAAAAAUGUUUUUAAAAAGAAAA